GCAGUCGGCAGGCGAGGAUGGGAAGCGGUGAGCGAAGGGGCGGCGGGACUGCCUCCGCCGCCGCAGGGAAAGCCGUGCCUGGUUUACACCGCCCCGCAGCUCCUGGGCGGCCCCUGAGCCCGUGAAGAGGGAGGAGGCGGAGGGAGGAGAGAGCCGCCACCGCCGCCGCUUUGGUUCAGCCCUUCGGGGAGGGGCCGGUCCGGAUUGUCGCCGGCGACCGCGCCAGGAGAGCGGCCAAGUUUCUGCCUUUCCCGCCGAGCCCCAGAAGGGCGGCCUCUGUCUGUGCAAAGGGCUCCCCAGCAGGUGAAUGAACUGAAAGUGCCUUUGUGAAGUCACGUACAAGAGACAACUUCUCUGUCAUUGCUAUUUGAUUUUUGCCAGCUAAAUAUUGCUCUUAUCAUCUAUGUCAUCUGUAGCAGUUACAAGCUGCUUGAUGAGAAACUGAUUCCAGCAUUAAAAAAGCAAGAAGAAAAGAUUAGAUUGGGCAUGAAAACAGCUGAAUGUAUAACCCUUCAUAUAUAAUCACUGUCAACACAGAGGAUACAAGAAGCUCAGAUGUUAUAGUGGUGUGUCGUCGAAUGAAAACGAAGCUGAACAAAAGUGUGUUGACGAAACCAAUUAACAGGCCAGAAAUGCUAUCGAGCAUGAAUAUAUUGCAUCCACAAGUUUACAAGUGGCACAUAUUGCUUGAUUGACAGACUUGCUUAUAAAUAGUUGCUCAUUCAGCUUUGUGCAUAUUGGACUCUACUAAACGGUUCUUACAUCAUCACUGCUGGGAGCUAUUUGAAAGACUUUCAGUGUUGGAGUAAUUUCAGUCACUCUCAAAUCAGUUUUACACUAUGGCUUUGAAUGUCGCUCCUGUAAGAGACACAAAAUGGCUGACGUUAGAAGUGUGCAGACAGUUUCAAAGAGGAACUUGUUCACGCUCUGAUGAGGAAUGCAAAUUUGCACAUCCCCCGAAAAGCUGCCAGGUUGAAAAUGGAAGAGUUAUUGCCUGCUUUGAUUCUCUAAAGGGCCGAUGCACGAGAGAGAACUGCAAAUAUCUUCAUCCACCAACACACUUGAAAACUCAGCUAGAAAUUAAUGGUAGGAACAACUUGAUACAACAGAAAACUGCAGCAGCGAUGCUAGCGCAGCAGAUGCAAUUUAUGUUCCCAGGAACACCACUUCAGCCGGUGCCCUCCUUUCCUGUAGGGCCAACAAUAGGAUCCAACACAGCAUUAAGCUUUGCGCCAUAUUUAACACCAGUCACUCCCGGGGUUGGAUUAGUUCCUACUGAAAUUGUUCCCACGCCACCUGUCAUUGUUCCUGGAAGUCCCCCUGUCACAGUUCCUGGGUCCACUACGACACAGAAACUCCUCAGGACAGACAAAUUGGAGGUAUGCAGGGAGUUCCAGCGAGGAAACUGUGCACGGGGUGAAACUGACUGCCGCUUUGCACAUCCCGCAGACAGCACAAUGAUUGAUACAAACGACAACACCGUAACUGUUUGUAUGGAUUACAUAAAGGGGCGCUGCAUGAGGGAGAAAUGCAAAUAUUUUCACCCUCCUGCUCACUUGCAGGCCAAAAUCAAAGCUGCUCAGCACCAAGCCAACCAGGCUGCGGUGGCAGCCCAGGCUGCCGCUGCCGCUGCUACAGUGAUGACUCAGUCGACUGCCAAAGCAAUGAAGCGACCUCUCGAAGCAACUGUAGAUCUGGCCUUUCCUCCCGGCGUCCUUCACCCUUUACCAAAGAGGCAAGCUUUUGAGAAAAGCAAUGGUGCCAGUGCUGUUUUUAAUCCCAGUUUCUUGCACUACCAACAGGCUCUUGCUAGUGCACAAUUGCAGCAACACGCAGCGUUUAUUCCAACAGGGUCAGUUUUGUGCAUGACACCCGCUACCAGUAUUGUACCCAUGAUGCACAGCGCUACGUCCGCCACUGUCUCUGCAGCAACAACUCCUGCAACAAGUGUCCCCUUCGCCGCAACAGCCACAGCCAAUCAGAUAAUCCUCAAGUAACCUACAGGAAUGGAAUGGAAUGUCAAGAAGCUUCACUGAGAACAGCAAAGCAUUGUUACUGUACAUACUACCCUGUCUCUUCCUCGAUAGAAUUGCCACAAACUGCAUGCUGAGUAAUGAGAUUGUUCGUCCGGACAAAUCACAAACACUAAGGAGCUAGUGCUGCUAUAUCAUAUAGGAAUAUUAAAUAUGGUAUGCUUUAGUAUAUUCCAAACUAAUCUAGUUAACUACCUGAUGCUAGCUGUGAUGGUUCAAGACAUAAAAAGGGUAACAUUUUACUUUUAAAAAGUUUUAUACAACAUUGUUUACUUCUUAGGAGUAUUGUCUUGCCACCAUAACUAUAGCUAAUGUAAGUAGUCUUAUUCAUGUAUUAUUGUAGGAUUCACAACUUUAUGAAUCUUUCUAUGUUAGCAAUAAACGCUUUACAUUGGCCACUAAGCCCAGGAUCCAAAGAACCACAUGACAAGUUCCACAUGACCAAGGGCGCUUUCUCAAACAGCUAAUUUUGCCCAACUCCACAGGACAAAUCACUUUAAAACUGCAGAAAAUGUCAAUAGUACUUCAUGAUAAUAGCAAAGGAAUCUGCUGCUCAAAUUGAAGAGUGGGGGGUUGAAGUAAAAAAAAAGUCAUACUGGGCGUAUGCAAGUGCUCUGGUGCACCAGGGUAACUCUUUGGAUCCUGGCCAGUAUACACAAACUGGAGAUUUUAACUUUUGACCCUUUGACAAUUUUGUACUCUCUUUAAAAGCUCACUUCUCUAUUAGGCAGUCGAUGCCAAGAUAAAAGAGGUGAUGUGAAAGCAAAACCCUCAAUUCCUGCAUGUCACCUCCUAAAAAUUCCCAAUAGAGAAUCCAAGGUAAAGCACAAAUUGCUGAGAUGCACAUGAAUUGAUAUUAGACUUGUACGGAGAAGCAGUAUCGUAAUUAUGGCAUUCUAGAACUAAAGUUAAACCUUUGCACGGUAUGAUUUUCAUACCCCUAACAAAGUCUUGACUAUGUUAUUUUACAAAGAGAGAAAAUAUUUUUUAAAAAAAGCCUUUGCAGAAGUGCCUAAAUUUUGCCACACCAGACUUGAAACUAAGUGAUCCUGAGGUCUAUAAUUGAAUCUAUACCAAGUGAUUAAGCUUUCAGAUUUACAAUCAGGUUACCAAAAAGAACUUGUUAUGAAAUAACUUCUUCCCAACUAAAGAAAUGGGGCUAUAGAUGAAGAGAUGAGCAUGAUAUUCUAAUUUAAUUAAAACUGGCUGCAGUCAUUGAAAUAGGUGACUUUAAUCUAGACGGUUAGGAGAAUUUGAACAUUAGAGAGCGAGAGAGAGCGCUUCAGUUUAUUCAUUCUUACUGUUGCCGUAUUUUUAAAACUGGGUUAAAGAAGUUGUAACCGGAUUACAGCACAGAGAAAGAAACUAGUUCUUUUUAACCUUUGUUUCUUUAAAAGCUUAUUUUAUGUCACAGAAAAUGAAGAUAUCUUUAAUACAGCUAUAUACAUAUUAUAUAUAUACACAUACAUAUAUAUGGACAAAACAGAUUUUAAUGUUUACUUUUUUAAAUACGUGUUGAUUUACAAGGUAAUUAUAUACAUUUAAUUAAUGUAGGAGGUUUGUUUUAAAGAUUUAUUUCCUACACUGUUGUACCAAAUAUGUCAUAUUUCACAUUUUAUAUGUUGCAUAUAUCUAUAUCUAUAUAAAUAUAUAGAUAUAUAGAUAUCUCUCACAGAAAAUCAUAGUUUUUAAAUUAUUGUUUAUAAAACAAAAAAGCAGCUGUCCUAUGGAAAUAUAUAUAAUUGUUUGAAACAUCUGUUUUUUCCAUGUGAACAUUAUGAAUGAUUGCAGUAUUUUAACGUAGCCUUUCAGACUGAUUCUAAGCUCUUCAGCUUCGAUGGCACUGCCUGUUUUGAAAGACCAUAAGCACUAACUGAUUAUUUGUUUAAUGAAAUUAUUUUCCAGUGUUAAUCUUGUUUUUAAAUGUCUAAUAUCUGUUUAUAUUAAAACUGUAGAUUUGAUCACCUAAAGGGGGAAAGACCCAAAAUCUAACAGUAAACAUAGUGCUUGUAA